CUCUCUCACUCUGCCUCUCCCCGUACUGACUACAUGCUGUAUGUGUGUCAGUUUGUGCACGUUUUGCUUGCUUUAUGUUGCCUGCUCACACCAACUGGAUUUCUGAAAUGUGUGGACACAGAUAACAACCAUCUUGUAUUACUUUCUCGAUUUAUAUAUCUGUUUAUCAGUGAUUACGUCUAUGACCUGGCAGAUUUUGCUCUAAUGGCAUCUCCAGUCAUAUUGCUGCUUGCCGGAUUUAAGUAGCCCGCUUGGAUACAGAAGCACAUCAAUACCAACAGCUCUGCAGUAGUUGCUGAUUGUUGUACAACAUUGUUUGAAGAAGCCUAAUGUACUGAGCAUUUGAGUACACUUCAUCUCGCUCCAUGCUGCAGUACAGUGAGCCGGUGUGUGCAGUACUGAGGAUGCAGAAAGGAAGGGGCAUGUGGAGACCAGACAAAAAGCUUUUAUCUCACCUGGCCUGCACUCAGUAAAUCAUCUUUCAUCCUCUACUGCAGCAUUCGUUGUCUGUAACCGGUAGGAUGGUGGCAGUGGAAGUAAGUGGGCACAGCUACCUGGUGGCAUGCUGGCAGCCCAUCCUAAUUCUAAUGCUUGCCACUGUGCUCUCUGGAUCUACCACCGGCUGCCCAUCCCGGUGUGAAUGCAAUGCCCAGGAGCGUGCUGUUGUGUGCCACCGCAAAAAGUUGAUGUCAAUUCCUGAGGGUAUUCCAUCUGAGACAAGAUUCCUAGACCUCAGUAAGAACCGCAUUAAAACAAUUAACCCAGACGAGUUCUCUGGGUUUCCCAACUUGGAGGAGCUGGAGUUGAAUGAAAACACCAUAUCCACUAUUGAACCUGGGGCCUUUAACAACCUGUAUGGACUUCGGACUCUUGGGCUGCGCAGCAAUAAGCUUAAACUUAUUCAACUAGGUGUAUUCACUGGCCUCAGUAACCUUACCAAGCUUGAUAUCAGUGAGAAUAAAAUAGUUAUCCUGCUAGAUUACAUGUUCCAGGAUCUCUACAACCUACACUCUCUGGAAGUGGGUGACAAUGAUCUGGUGUUUAUAGCCCACCGAGCAUUCCAUGGCCUCGACAGCCUGGAACAUCUGACACUGGAAAAGUGCAACCUUACCUUUGUUCCCACAGAGGCCUUCACUCAUUUGCAUAGCCUCAACACUUUGUGUCUGCGCAACCUCAACAUUAACAGCAUCAGAGAUUAUUCCUUCAAACGCCUUUCCCGUCUGAAAGUUCUGGAGAUCGCUAAUUGGCCAUACCUGGACACGAUGACUACUAACUGUUUGUACGGUUUGAAUCUUACAUCCUUAUCAAUCACCAAUGCCAAUUUAACUUCGAUCCCAUACGUGGCGCUCCGGCACCUGGUUUACCUACGAUUCUUAAAUAUGUCUUACAACCCCAUUGCAGUCAUUGAAGGGAACAAGCUUCAUGACCUGCUCAGACUUCAGGAGUUUCACUUGGUCGGUGGAAGACUGGCCAUAAUAGAGCCAUACUCAUUUAGAGGUCUCAACUAUCUAAAGAUCCUGAAUGUGUCAGGGAAUGCUCUAACUACCUUGGAAGAAUCGGUUUUUCACUCAGUGGGGAACCUUGAAACACUGGUGCUAUAUGACAACCCUCUGGCAUGUGACUGUAGGCUUCUCUGGGUGUUCCGUCGGAGAUGGAGGCUCAAUUUCAACCGCCAGCAACCCACAUGCACCUCACCGGAGUUCGUCCAGGGAAAAGAGUUCAAAGAUUUCCCUGACAUCUUACAGCCUAAUUACUUCACAUGUCGCAAAUCAAGAAUCCGGGACCGCAAAGCACAGCAGAUGUAUGUGGAUGAAGGAACUACUGUGCAUUUUGCAUGCCAGGCAGAUGGCGAUCCAGCCCCGGUUAUCAUGUGGCUUUCUCCUCAAAAACAGUUCAUUACCCCCAAAACAAUAGGAAGACUCACCAUGUUCCCUGAUGGUACUUUAGAGGUGCGCUACGCUCAGAUCCAAGAUAAUGGGACGUAUGUAUGUAUUGCAAGUAAUGCAGGUGGAAAUGACAGUGCUCUUGCUCACCUUCAUGUCCACAGCUACUCUCCUGACUGGCCCAACCAGCUCAACAAGACCUUUGCUUUCAUUUCUAACCAGCCCAGCGACAGCGGAGCCAAUGGGACGAAAGCUACUGUUCCUUUCCCCUUCGACAUCAAGACUCUUAUCAUUGCCACCACUAUGGGAUUCAUCUCCUUCCUUGGUGUCGUAUUAUUCUGUUUAGUACUGCUGUUUCUGUGGAGCCGGGGUAAAGGUAACACCAAACACAACAUCGAGAUCGAGUAUGUACCACGUAAAUCAGAUGCAGGACUAAGCAGUGGUACUGCUGAUGCACCCCGCAAAUUUAAUAUGAAAAUGAUUUAAUCCAUGCAAGGAGUGUUAAAUACACAGUAAACACUAAAUGAGUACUUGUGAGUAAAAUAUCAAACUUAUCCUGAUUAACCAGUGGAUCCUGCAACUUUCUUAUAGAGGAAGUGUUUCUGAUGUUGUGUGUUUGAUGUUGAAAAUGGGAGGAGAAAACUACUGCAUUUCUCUGUGAUGACUUUUUCUGCUUGGCCUUCAGGGACCAUUUCGUGAAAGACAAUUUUCUUGUAAAACAUCCAACUGGAAUUUUAUGGGCAAAAAGGAAAAAGACUAACGAACCCUUCUCGAUGUCCGUGUGAACCGCCAAAACACAAAAGACCAUUGUCCUCCUUUGCUGUCCUUUUUGCCUGCAUUAUGUGUUACUGUAUGGUUUAUUUUUAACAUUCAAACUGAGAAUGUUUUAUCAUACAGAAGCAGCAGACAUUUUUGGGUUGAAAAGCACAUUAACGAGUUCAAUGCUAUGCUAAAUAUGUCAUUUGUUUCAGAGGAUCACUGCCACACUCCUUGAAUACUGUUGGUAUCCAAGUCAAACACUGCACUACAGAUCACAUUCAUCGUACAGAGCAUUUUUAAGACAAUAGUGUCUUGAAAACACCUUCUAGGUUCAGAGAAUUACAUUUUACUUUAAUUUUAAACUUUUUUUUAUUUACAUUUUUACUCAUGUGCAGAGACACAAGAAAACACAGCUACAGGUAUGUAUCUAGUUCGUUUUGAGAAUACAAAAUUAACGUUUUAAACCAUUGAUAAGUCUUACAACCUUUAGCCAAUUGAAAUUUUAAAUUUUAACACAACAUGGUUCCCAAGGAGGAUGCAUUCAUCUCUCACAUGAGUGCUUUCAGGACCUACAGCCUUUAAAGAUGCCAGAUGUGGUGGCAAAAGGUUUCAUUUUCAGCUCUGUAAGGUAAAAUCAAAACGUACAGAUUCAACACAGUACAAAGUAGGUAUUCAAUCAAUUCAACCUUUACGACUGAAGAUUUUUUUUUUAAGUGAUAUAUCAGUUUGAGUGAGCAAAAGUGUAUUAUGUUAAGUUCCUUAAUUUGAUGUAUUGGCAAAGUUCUUGCAGCAUUCUUGUACACCUCUUUAAUACUGUGUCACAGGCUAUAAAAACCAAUAUAUAAGGCUCCGAUACGCUAAUGGCUGCCAUGCAAAUUACAGAGAAGUGCAUGAAUUACAGGAUAGUAUACUGUACCUUACCUUUCCCCAACAGUUGGACAGGAUACCGAUAUAGAAAUAGUUUAUUCGCAGGGUACGUACAUGGGACAUUUCUAACACAUUCAUAAGCACUUCGAGCAUAAACCAUGAUAAAUUUUUAUGCCAAAAGUCAAAUAAAAACCUUUUUACUCUAAGGUAACAUCAGAUGAUUUAUGGGAUCGUAAAGGAAACCGAGAAGACUGAAACACAGCAUUCAUUUUUAAACACACAUUCUUGACAGUUAUAAAAGUCAUACGAACCCUAACAAUGCUUAGAGUACAUGUUACAAAUGAGAAUUUGAUUACCACUUUAAUUUAAGAAUAUGAAAAUCAUUCAUUUUGCUGCCAUAUGGGAAUCGGUAAGUCAGUGAAGUUACAGAGCCCCUAAGGGGACAUGGUAAUUGGAAAAAAAAUAGGAAGAUGGGAAAAAAAAAAUCAUGGCAGUGCUUUGCUGUUUACUUGGAAAAAUUUGGGUUCUCGUGCAAAACUUUUCCGUCCUGCCGUCAUCGAAUUUGUACAAACAGUGCUUCUAGUUUAAUUUCUUACUGGCUGCGGGACUAAGGUUAAGGAAAUCGCUCCUCCGAAAAGCAGGAUUAAUGUAGUCACAUAAGGGAGCAUUUAAUUGAGGACAGCUUUAAUGAUUUUUGGUAGACAGUGAUAGGCUUCUUUGAGAGGUUCUUUCUCAAUCUGCACACAAUUCAGUGUAAGUGAAAACACAGAAGCAGUAGAUAUUUAGCAGGUAAAUCUGUUUGUACUUACAGAUUUAAGAUAAAAGGCACUUUAACAAAAAGUCUUACGGCUGCCUUCUGUUCUGCUGAUUGCACUCUGUAGCUCAGCGCUAACCGAAUGCUAAUAGUUAGCUACUAGAUACCUAUUUGUUGUUGACUAGUAGCACUCAAAUAAUGCCUCAUGUUGACUAUUUAGACACUUAGCAGUGAGUUUAUUAAAAAAAAAAAAAAAGGCAAUAUAAUCUUAUCUAUGAUAGUUAUACAGUAAAGUCUUAACUAUGAGAAGUAACAGGAAAAGGUUUUUAUAACAUUAUGUUGUUUCAGUUUGUAUUAGAAAAGAACUUUCUGUGUUCGUUCUACAAUCACAGACAUGAUUUGUCAUGGUGGAAAGAAAUAUUUUACACUAUGACUAAUGCAUUCAUGUGGUCGCAGUCUCGAUGACUAGCUAUGCCGAUGACUGUGGAAUAUGUAAGUGACUAAGUAAACUCUGACAUGUCUGUGAUGAGCCGUAGCAUUUUUACUUCUCUUGGCGUCUCAUAGCCUUACUCAUCUUAAUUUGAUUGAAUCGAUUUACAAAAAUCUGCAGUAAUCGGUGAGACUACCAAAAAAAUACAGUUCUACUUGGACCAACACUGACAGUUUAGCUUCUGUCCAUCUUUGGUAAUAGUAGCUUACUGAAUUGUUUUCUAAGGCAUGGACUACAGGUAAAGAACAAAUACAUUAAAUAAAUCUUAUAAAUACGAUUUGCACUUUUAAAUAAAAGAUACAAAAGCCUAUAAAUCAUAGUAUUGUGGACAGUUUGCAAUCCGUGGCCUGUUCUAUGGAUAUUACAUGCAAGCGUUAAACUUUUCAUUGGGAACAACAGUGAUGGUACUGUAGUAUCUCAUAAUUCACUGUCUGGUGACAAAAUAAAUCAAACACAGAAUAGCAACAUUAAUGAAUGAGGGUCAUUAUGUUUGUUUGCACAUAGAAAUGAAGAAAUCAAUGCUUAUUCUGAGUAUGUAGUGUCGUGCAAAACGUUUAGCUAACCGAAUGUGGAACUAACAAAAUUCAAGGAGAUUUUAUUGUGUUACGGUUAUAUGAUUCAUUUACCCUUCGUUAUCUUUGACUAUGAUAUAACCAGCAGGUCUUACAAAAGUUGGUAUAUAUGCUAUGUUAGAGCUUGAAGUUCCAGAUAGAGACCAGUUCUAUUUUGGCAAAUGCUAAUGCCAUUUUAUUUUACGUUUACCGAAACUUUAAGUCUCCUGGUUACUAUUUUUGGAUUAAAAUCUCUACAAUUUCAUCAUUGCAGCAGGUAAGUUACUGAAUGAGUGUGUAUCGGUAAGCAUUAGGUUUAUAAAAGUUAAUGUGCUUGACAACCCUGAUGUUCAUGUUGCCUGUAAUUACUUGUCUUAUAAUCCAAAACUGACUGAUUGGUUUAAAAAAAAAAAAAAGUUUAGAGUUAAAUUGAUCACUAUUUGAAUAAAUAUGUCCAAAAUAGUCCCAAACAAGUUUUUUUUCAUAUGACUUGUAAAAAUGAAAUCCUGUUCCUUGAUAAUAUGAGUUGCACAAUAAUUUAAAGAGCGGAUGAUGAAAUGAUACUGAUUGUGAUUUUGGCUUUGCAGAAGCGUAUUUGUGUGUGAUGUUCUUACCUUAGUGAAAGUCUGUAAUGUGGUUGUCGGAGCUUUGUGGAUGUGAGGGGGAUAAAGCAGGAUAGAGUGUCGGUUUAUAGACCAAGUGGGUUAAAUGCCAGAGCAAUUAUUUUGUUGCUCUCAUGCUGAUGGAAUGCAUGGACGAUAGAGGAGCACAGAUGGUUCCGCUUGCCAAAUUUAAAAGAAAAUUCUAUUCGCAUCCAGGAAUGAGAUGCUCACACACCUUACCAUGCCAUUUGUUAAUGCUUUUUUUUUUGUUUCAAACCUCCCAACCUACUGUGCUCAUCUUGUGCAAACUCCCCUACAGAAAAUACCAAGAAAAUGCUGUUUACUCAUUUCUUUCUACCUACAUACCAAGAUGUUAAAUAAUGUGGUCCAAAACAUGCUUUUAUAUUGGGGUAAAAAAUUAAAUAUGAAAAAUAUGUUCAGAUUGUUUUGUGCAAUAAAAGGUAAUAUGCAGUU